CGGUCACCAGCCUCGACUGUUGCAUUUCAGAUACGAACUUAGGCCCCUAGCAACAUAGUCGAAGCGUAUGUCCCAAUAGUGAUCAUGUCGGGUAAAGCCGGUCAUCCGAUCGCGUUCCCGUCCAGACUUGUCUACCGAUCGAGUGGCAGUCACUAUCGAGCGCUUCCAACCAGCGACUGUCUGCAUCUCGCACCAUGGGAGUCUCAUCAGCAGUUCCGCUGGGCCAGAUGUCCUCCUCGCAAUCGAGUUUCGACACCCCAAAGACCGGGCGACCCACUCUUCCCGUCCCUCAUCCAACCCGCUCGUUCUGGAUCGACUCUCCCGGCGCUAACCCGCUAGCGAGUCGAGGGAGCGACGGUCCGCUCACCUCUGACACGGACAUCUGCAUCAUUGGAUCGGGGAUCACCGGUGUCUCUGCUGCUUAUCACCUCUCGCGCGCUGUGCAGGCAGGGGAGCUGCGGAAGGAUGUGAAGGUGACGAUUCUGGAGGCACGCGACUUCUGCUCUGGUGCUACAGGCCGCAACGGCGGGCAUCUCACCUCCGCGGUUUUCCUCGAGUUUUGCGACUAUGCAGCGAAAUAUGAAUCUGAGGAGGCUAUGCGGUCGUUCGAGAUGGAGAAUCGCACGCAGUCCGAGAUAGUGUCCCUCAUUCGCACACAGGGGUGGGCGGAAGCUGUCGAUCUGGUCGAGGGCGGACACACCACUGUCUUCUUCACACCGGAGGAGGAGAGGAGUGUGAAUGCUGAUUAUGAAGCUGCAAAAGCUUCUGGUCUUGCUUUGCGUGAGAUCGUCUGGUUGACCGCAGAAGAGAUGGAAAGGACGUAUGGCGUCUCUUACCCGGGAGUCCACUUCAGUGGCUUUAACCUCUGGCCACUCAAGCUGGUCACAAAGCUCUUUCUGCUUGCCGAAGAGCAUCUGCAGCUCAGCAUCCACACUCGUACGCCAGCCCUCUCAAUCGGGGAAUCUCCAUCUGAGAACCGACGCUGGCAAAUCGGGACUCCGCGCGGUGUCGUGCACUGCUCACAUAUCAUCCACGCGACAAACGCUUACGCAUCCAACCUAUUGCCGCAGCUCGCUGGUCCCGGCGGCAUUGUUCCAACUCGCGGCCAGGUCGCGGCUAUCCGGGCGUCGGUCGAUGCCCCUGCUCUGACGAAAUGCUCGUGGGAUGGGAACGAGGGAUUUGAGUACUGGUUCCCGCGACCCGUCACUGACCCGACCGAGAAGCCGGUUGUCAUUCUCGGUGGAGGGCGGGAGGUCUCGGAGGACUUCGAGUUUUACAACGCGGACGACUCGACGGUCGAUUCGCGUGUCGGACUGGCGCUACGCAAGUUUCUUCCCGCGGCCUUUCCGGGCAAGUACGAGGGGGAAGGCGGGCCAGAAAUGGAAUGGACCGGAAUCAUGGGAUUUACGCGUCUCCGCGAUCCAUUCGUGGGGCCAUUGAGUCAGCAUGAAGGACAGUACAUCUCUGCUGGUUACUCUGGACAUGGGAUGCCACGUGCCUACUCUUGUGCGGAAGUCGUCGCUUUGAUGAUUGUGGCAGAGCUUGCAGGAAAAGAGUGGCAUGCACCGCAAUGGUUUCCCGAGGCAUUUCUUACCACAAGACGUGGUCUCUGAUAACCAUACGCCCGGCCUGACCCGACAGAUCCUUUCACCGUUCAAGACCUUGACAGCCCGACCUUGGAUGUGCUGUGUCGUCUAUUACAGUACAUACACAUGACCAGCGAUGUUUGACUACUCUGGGCCCUUGCGCUAGGCAGCAUUCCCAUACCAGGCUGUCAAUGGCCCAGAGUUUUCCAACGCUAAAACAUUAGAUCGGCUGCAGUGGAUCUGUUCUCAGUCUUUAAAAUUCUGCUAGUUUGCACGCCCGGACCUACAUUGAAACGCGGUCUGAAUGUCGCAAAAAUCUG